AAAACCUCACAGUUAUUUGGUUGUCACAUCGCAUUUUGAAACCCAACCAAAUGUACAAGUGAAGUCUUAGAUCAUUGUGGUGUCAAGAUUCAUUUACAUUAUGUGCGAGGAAGUGAGUGGAUUGAAAAUGCUUCUUCUCCUGAGUUGUUGGAUAAUUGCAGGGAUUACAGCAGAGGAACCAACGAGGCACUACCGAUUGAAAAACAGCUCACUGUGCCUACAAAUUGGAAAAUCACCGCCAUAUGAAGAUAUUCGGUGGCGUUUUAAUAAUACAGCUGUUGUUUUACGUAACAAUGUCACACCCAACUUCAAAAACAAAGUGGAUUAUAAUUUAAGGAACCAUUCCUUGUGUAUCAACAAACUGACUGAGAUGGACAGUGGGACCUAUGAAGUUGUAAUCACUGAUCCUGAGUUUGCUGAAUCCACAGAGACCCACAAACUCAUUGUUGAAGAAACUGUUCCCAGACCUGUCAUCAAGAUGUCAGUAAUGCACUCAAACCUAUCUGCUGGAUUUUGCAAGAUCACAGUCAACUGCUCCGUCCAGAAUGACUGGAUGUUGUCCGUCUGUGAUGCAGACAGUUGCAGACCAUCUCAGACAUCAUUCAAAAAGGUCAACAUCACCAUGUCCCCCUUCAACAGAUCUGUUGUCUGCAGGGGCAACAACCAUGUCAGCACUAGCAGUGUUUAUGAAAGCAUAGAGACAACUUGCUCUAAUAAGUCUAAUUCUGAACAAGAAGAGACAUUCGACCCACUAGUAGUAAUAAUAAUACUACCUAUAAUGUUUGGAACCCUUUUUUUGUUUAUUUUCUGUGUGGCCAAGGGGUACUUUUCAAGCCAAUAUAAUCACCAUCAGGCACAGACAUCUCCUGCUCAGUUAACACAAACCCAGCCAGUGGAGGCACAGCCACAAGCUGUUCUCAGAGUUUCUAGCUCUUCUUCCAGUGAUGGUGAGGCAUGUUACGAAAACGUGGAUGCCGCACAGCCCAGCCAGACCAGCAGCCAGAUCAUCAGCCCACGAAGUCAGGAAGUAGAUACUGUCUACAGCUAUUUACAGACACCAAACCCUUCUUUUGGCAAGAGUGAUGCCAAAGGCCAAAUGAAGCUACAAGAGGUGUCGACUUCACAGUCUGUCACCCUAGAUGAGGCAGGGCAGCCAAUUGACACAGUGUACAGUGUGUUGCAAAAGACAAAAAAUCACUUAUAACAAUAUAAAGAUUUAUAGACAAAGAGGUGUGAAGCCUGUAGGAGACCACUGUGUGAAUACCAGAACCAUGAUGCAGACAUUCAUGCAAUAUUUACUUUGGAGGACACAUUUUUACAGAUUAUGCAAUUAUUUUGUACUUCAUUUUUUGGGAUUUGGGAUAUUUGUUUUCUUUCUGAAAAAAAAGGGAUGUAUAUUUGAUAUUAAACAUAAAAAAAUGGAACUGAA